GACGCCGCAGACGUGGAGUCGCCGCUGAAAGAAGACGAGCUGCAAGUGCUGCGCGCGCAAUACGAGAAGGAAGGAGAAUAUGUCGGCCUGCAGACAAAAUUCAACUACGCCUGGGGCCUCAUAAAAUCCCUCUCCCGCCAAGACCAGCAGGAAGGCGUGCGCUUACUUUCCGACAUCUUUCGCUCGUCGCGCGAACGCCGCCGCGAAUGCCUCUACUACCUCGCGCUGGGCAACUACAAGCUCGGCAACUAUGCCGAGGCAAGACGGUAUAACGAGUUGUUGCUCGAGCUGGAGCCGGCGAACCUGCAAGCGGGGAGCUUGAAGGGACUCAUCGACGAGAAGGUUGCGAAGGAUGGGCUGGUGGGCGCGGCGAUCGUGGGGGGAAUUGCGGUCGCCGCGGGGUUGGUGGGGACGCUUUUGUUGAAGGGGAAUCCUCCUCCUACCCACCUUUCCUUCCAACCUAUACCCCACUAUACAUCCGCGACUAUGUCGACAAAUCAGACGACGCCGGGCCACCGCGACAUGAUGUUUUGCCACGAAUGUGCCGACGAAUGGUAUCGAGACCAGCACGGCCUGUCGUGUCCCGAGUGCGGCUCAGACUUUACAGAAAUCAUUGAAGAUGACCACGACCCCCGAGACGCGGCGAGACAAGGCGACGACAACGACUUAAUGCCCGACAUGGAGGAGCCCCCGCUGCACAUACUUGAGAACCUCCCCCAAAACCUUAGCCACAACCCAUGGCAGAACGACGACCCAGAAGAGGGAGACAUUAGCAACUUCCGCUUCUCGCAGACUGCACCCGGCAGGUACAACGUCCAGGCCACACUCACACGCUCAGUCUCGCCGCAGCAGAUGAUUACUGGAACGGCGCCUGGGCCGAUAGGCGGCUUCAUGCAGAUGCUGACCAACCUGGCGCGGGUCUCGGGUCAGCCACCAAGUCAACAGCGGGCCCAAGGGCAGGGUCGGGGCGAGGGGCUGUCGGGUCAAACAGAUGGACAGAGUCACUCUGCGUACGAAGAGGCACGAUCACAGAAUGAGGGAGGCGAUUCAUCACUGCCCCGAUCGGGGAGGUUCACAUAUCAUGGUGGCGCGCGGUUGUAUCCUCGCGAUGCGAACAACCCUGAACCGCGGAUGGAACCUGUGGAUGACAUCUCAAACGUCAUGGCCGGCUUCUUCGCAGCAUUUGGUGCACCACCUGGGAGCAUGAACGACCAUCUACAAGGUGGCCUGCGGGGUGCUCAACGCGGACAGCCCAAUCUCGAUCAAAAUCCACACAUGGUUGGCAACCCGCUACUGCAAAUGCUCUCCACCGUAGGCCUGAUACCCGGCGGCGGCCAGAUGGGCGACUUUGUCUACUCGCAAGAAGGCCUCGACCGCAUCGUCUCCCAGCUCAUGGAACAGACAGCCACAAGCAACGCCCCCGGACCCGCCCCCCAAGACGAAAUCGACUCCCUAACUCGUAAACGCGUCACAGAAGAUAUGCUCGGUGACGAACACCGCGCUGAGUGCAGUAUUUGCAUGGACGAAGUCAAUAUUGGUGAGGAGGUUACGGUGCUCCCUUGCAAGCACUGGUUCCACCACCCAUGUGUGUCGGCCUGGUUAAAAGAACACGAUACAUGCCCGCACUGCCGAAAGGGCAUUUCGAAACACGAGGGCGAGUCAAACGACUCCACGUCGUCGUCGAGCGGGCAGGCAGCAUCAGCAUCGCAGUCGCGGCAGAUGCCCGGCGCAUUCGACGCAUCCGACACUACCCCUAGCGGUUCACCAGCAAACGCCAACUCGUCGUCUGAAGGCGGGGGCGUUGGGGAUCGGAUACGCAGGGGUUGGUUUGGUCCUACGUCGUGA